AUGGUCGUGCCUUUGAUAGCCAGAAACACCCACACUAAUAAAGAAGAACAAGUUUACGCCCUCUUAGAUUCUGCUUCGGAUCAAUCAUUUAUUACAUUAUCAUUAGCAGAACGCCUACACCUCGCACCUCACUCCGAAAACACCAUCAUUGUAAACACAUUCGGGGGACGUGCAGAGAAAAAACAUGUCCGGUUUAUCGAAACCUUGUUGCCUAACUCUCAGGGACAAUCCUUAUAUGUUAGGUUGCUUACCACAGAUAACAUCACAAAUGUCUUAACCAUAAUAGAGCUACAACCAGAAGAUAAACAUUUCUUGGAAGAAAAUUUCUCUACUCCUCCAGAGAUGAUACAAGAUUUAAGAACAGAAGUCGUUCCCGACAUCCUUUUGGGAAUAGACUACUUCAACACCAUAUUGCUAAUUACCUUUAGGACUAUUCACGACUCCCACAUUUUUCGGGCCAGUAAUAUCCGGAUAAUAACAAUAAACAUCGACAAUUCCCAACCGUCACAAUUGUAUGACAACAUUAUCAGUACAUACACGACACAGGGCUCCUUCCACGGGCAACCCAACAUGGACUACUCCGACCUGUGGAAGCUUCCAGGGAUUGGCAUCGACGAACUCCAAACAAAUGAAGAACUCAACAAACAAAUAAUAGCAAAUUUUUGUUCAACUGUGCAACUCAAAACGGGAAAAUCUAUGCACAAUUUCCUUGGAAGUCAAACAAACACUGCUUAG